AUGGUCGCGUUCAACUUGAUCAUUCUCUGUCUCCUCACGAAGACUCUGGUACAGGGAUUCUCCGUGCCUCUUCACUCGAAAUUCCACUUCUUGGACAUAAACGGGGAACUUGGUCUCGACGAAAAACCGGUGGUCAGAUCACUCGUAGACAUAUCCGAGGGUGUUGAAGACGAAAUCCCAAUAGGACGCUCACCCAUGUUGGUGGAAAAUUAA